UUAAACCCCUCGCUCGAAACUUUGGACCCUGUUAAGUCCCGGUUCGAAUAUCAUUCACUCGUUUUUAAAUAUGCCCAUGUAAGCUUGCUCAGGAUUCCUAGUAAACACACCACUCGUUAAGCGCACUGCGAGGGAAACCUUUUCCCCUCUCUUCGUCAUGGAGCGCACUAAAUGGCUGGACGGCCUCCGCGGCAUCGCAGCCGCGAUCGUGGCAUUCGAUCACUAUUUCAUGGGAGAGGUCUGGCACCCGUUCGUGUCCUUCUGGGCAGAUCCCCCGGAGGGAAAUCGUCGCUUCGUUCAACUGCCUCCCAUCCGCAUUCUCUUUUCCGCUCAUGCGAUGGUGACGCUAUUCAUGGUGAUCUCGGGCUAUGCGAUCUCCAUUAAUAUUCUUAAAGCCCGACCCAGUCCGCAAUAUUAUACGCGCAUCUCCUCUGCCGUCCUGCGGAGACCCUUCCGAAUUUACCUGCCGGUUCUGGUCAUGGCGACGAUCAGUCAAUUGCUCUUUUUCUUUAAUCUCUACAACUGGACCUUCGACGAGGACCUCUUAAAGGGUCUCGAGCCCUGGAAGGCACCGUGGGCCCAUAUCCAAUGGCUUUUCCUCUACAUGACCGAUAGCCUGAACAUCAUUGCCUUCGCAUACAACGGAGGAUUCAACGGUCAGCUCUGGACCAUGCCGGUCGAAUUCCGCGGAUCCAACGUCGUCUUCGUCAUCAUUAUCGCCCUAUCCGCCUGGCGACCGAAACUCCGGCUCUGGUUUCUACCUCUCCUAUCCCUCUAUUUCCUUUGGUAUGGCCUCUGGGACACUUUCGGCUUCAUCUGGGGCCUCUGGCUCGCCGAAAAAGCCGCAGCAGCAGCAACUUCCACCCCAGCAAACGGAAACGGCUCCACCGACAACGACGGCGACGACGACGAGAAAUUGUCCCUCUUCCCUUUCUCGCGCUCCAACUGGAAAGAACGCAUCUUAAACCGCAAGAACUUCACCCUCGCUCGCAUCACCACCACCCUCUCGUUCCUCCUAGGCUACCACCUCCUCUGCCUGGGAGACGACGGCAAGCUAACCCCAGGCUACCAAUGGCUGUCGGUCUUCCACCCGGCAAAAUGGCGAGACGACUGGCAAGUCAUCCACUGGUGCUGGAAAUCCGUCGGCUCAGCCCUAUUGGUCUACGCGAUCGGCGAAUCCCGACUCCUGCAGCGCCCGUUUAACACCCGGCCCGUGCAGUAUCUCGGCAAGAUCUCCUUCUCGCUGUAUUUGGUGCAUCAGGCUACCUACCAUGUGUUGCGCGAUCCGUUGCGGAAUUAUCUCUGGUUGCUCGGGAACGGGACUCCGUACCCUGGGAGUGUGGAGGCGGCUGCCACCGAUCCGAUGUCGUUUCAUGUGGCGUGGUGGGCUUCAGGGAUUAUCCUAGGGACAGUAGUGGUUUAUGCAGCGCAUUAUUAUACGAUUUAUGUGGAUAAUAAGUGUGUGGCGUUGACGAAGAGGGUGGAGAAGUGGUUGACUUCAUGAGGUUUCUGGCCUUUUUUUUUGGGGGGGGGUUUGUUUUGUAAUUUGUAUGUUUCAAUUUUGAUACUUAAUAUAUAUUGGCAUUCUCUUGA